GCACGCCCGUAAAAGUCCCACGGAGUGCCCAACACUGCAUUUACGUUGACUGCAAACAACAGAUAAGAAUAAUAACGUCGUUUCGCGCCACGAUCAUUAUAGUAAAAAAUAAUAGGGCGCAGAACCGUUAGCAGGUAUUCAUCGCUACUAGUUGCUCGUUGUACUUACUCGAAAAUAUACAGUAAGGAAGGACCGGAAGAGCUUACAUAAGGAGGAAUCGAGCCUGGUCGUACAGAACAGAAGCAAUCGAUCGUUCGCAAACGUCUACGCAAUGGGUUUACCUCGUGUAUUUUUCGACGUGUCCGCCGACGACAAACCGUUGGGCCGUAUAGUGAUGGAAUUACGAGCAGACGUGGUCCCGAAAACAGCGGAAAAUUUCCGUGCUCUUUGCACGGGCGAAAAAGGUUUCGGGUACAAAGGGAGUACUUUCCAUCGAGUAAUUCCAAAAUUUAUGUGCCAGGGUGGCGAUUUCACAAAUCAUAACGGCACCGGUGGGAAAUCGAUUUACGGAGAGAAAUUCGAAGAUGAAAACUUCGAACUGAAACAUACCGGCCCCGGUAUAUUGUCUAUGGCAAAUUCUGGACCAAAUACCAACGGUUCACAAUUCUUUUUAACCACAAUAAAAACUUCUUGGUUGGACAACAAGCACGUUGUGUUUGGUGCCGUCGUGGAUGGCAUGAACAUAGUGAAAAAGAUCGAAAGCUAUGGUUCACAAACUGGGAAAACUCAUCAAAAGAUCAUUAUUAGUAAUUGCGGACAACUCUGAAGUGGACGACGUACCACACAUAUUAAUUUCUUCAUAAUCUGCUAUGUCUAUAUUUUCUCUGGACUACAUGAUUUUUGUAAAAUAAAUGUGUAACACUAAAAUACAUUGAUCAGAAAUGAAA